AUGACUUCUGAGAUAAUAGAGAUCUCGGACGAUGACUCGACUCUAGACAGUGAAACUGACCUUAGAACGUUGGUUGCGCAACAACAGCAGCACAAGAGCGGCAACGAGAUUGAUACCACCGAACAGGAUGAGUUCAACAACCUGUCAAAAGAUGGCAAGCUUGCCAGGUUGAACAACUUGAUUGAAAAGUCGCAGGUCUACUCUAGAAUCAUCGCCGACAACAUCUUGCAAACCACGUUGGCCAACCAAAAAAACGCGUCUGCCGCUGCUGCCAAGGAGGAAGAGCCUAAUGAGGCGUUGCCCCAGAGGAAAAAGAGAAGAGUCGCUGGGGCUAAACGGGACAUUGCCUCGAUGUUGUCGGCCGACAUUUCCGAAAACACCAGGGCCACCAGGGAAAAGAUUGAAAAGUCGCAGGUGCAACACAACACCAACCAGCCGCGCAUCGUGAGCGGCGGCGUCAUGAAGGACUACCAGUUGGACGGCUUGGAGUGGCUUGUUACCCUCUACCAGAACGGCUUGAACGGGAUCUUGGCCGACGAAAUGGGCCUAGGCAAGACCCUCCAGUGCAUUGCGUUUCUCGGGUUCUUGAUCGAAAACGGCAUCAAGGGGCCCUUCUUAGUGGUGGUGCCCUUGUCGACCCUCGCCAAUUGGUAUAAUGAAGUGCAAAAAUUCGCACCCAAGAUUAACGUUUUAAAAUAUCAGGGCCUAAGGCAAGAUCGCGCGAAAAUCAACUUGAAAACAACACGGGCAAAUGUCAUCAUCACCACUUAUGAGAUCUCAAUCAGAGACUUUAGCAAGUUUAACAGUAUAAACUGGGCAUACUUGAUAGUUGACGAGGGGCAUAGAUUGAAAAACAGCCAGUGCUUGUUGAUCAAGGUUUUGAAAAAGUUAAACACGACUAACCGGCUCUUGAUCACUGGCACCCCGUUGCAGAACAACUUGAACGAGUUGUGGUCCUUACUCAACUUUAUCUUGCCCGAUAUCUUCCACGACUUGGAGUUGUUUCAGCAAUGGUUUAAUUUCGACGAGAUGACCAGGUUUGAAGAGAAUGAAGAAGACGAAGAAACGAGAAACUUUAUCAAGUUCAACAUCCAGGAGACGUUGAUCAAGAACCUCCACACGAUCUUGAAGCCGUUUAUCUUGAGAAGGUUGAAACGAGACGUGAUCAAGGACCUCCCGCCGAAAAAGGAGUAUUUGAUCCACAUACCGUUGAGCCGGUUGCAGAAAAAAAUCUAUCUCGACGCCUUGAAUGAUGAUUUACAACGGGGGCUAAUCGAGAGCAACAUUAAGGAGUUUAUACAGUACAACCACGUUGACUUGUUUGCAGGGUUCGACAUCGAUGCAUAUUUGAAAUCUAAACGUAACUCCAAAAAGGAGAUAAUUGGAAAGAGAAGCACCAAGGUUACAGACAAGACAUACAUAGAGGCAGAUUCCGAGGAUGAGUUUGAAAUACUGGAUGAAUCCAUGGACUCGCAAGAUGAUGAAGACGAGAAAUCAUUACCGACGUAUGAACAAGCAUUGGCCCAGAUUCCGCAACUUCAAAGAAAAUCGGAAAAGCAAAAACUCCUCCUAUCGUCUCUCUACAACAAAAUCACAACCCAUAUUAAACAUUUAAAACUCCGGGCAUUAAAGUUGAUCCAGUUGAGAAACAUCUGCAACUCGCCGUAUCUAUACUACGAACCAUUCCCGCUCAAUGGCAACCACGACGACCAGUUUAUGGAAAUCCUACUUGCCAACUCGUGCAAGUUCCAAGCACUCGAGCAAAUAGUCAUCCCGCUCAUCACCUCGGGCCACAAGUGUCUCAUUUUCUCGCAAUUCACCAAAGUGAUGGACCUCAUUCAAGACUGGCUUAGUCAUAUCGACAUCGAAGUAUGUCGAUUAGAUGGCUCGACUCAACACGAAGAACGCGAGGAGCAGAUUUCACUAUUCAACAACCCCAAGUCGCCAAUUCAGGUGUUUUUGCUAUCGACGCGAGCUGGUGGCUUGGGGAUCAAUUUGACCGCGGCUGACACUGUGAUCCUUUUCGAUAACGACUGGAACCCACAAAUGGACCUCCAGGCCAUUGACAGGAUACAUCGGAUUGGACAGACCAAGCCUGUGAAGAUCUUCCGGUUCGUGGUGCGGGAUUCCAUCGAGGAGAUCUUGAUCAGCAGGAGCAGCUCGAAGCGGUUCUUGGAGAAGCUUGUGAUACAGAUGGGGGAGUUCAAGUUCAACAAGAUCAAGAAUAUGAUUGGUGGUGGCAGCGGGGAGGAAAAUGACGAGAUGGGCGUCAAGGAGUUGUUAGAGUUGAGCAAGCAUAAUUUUAAGUACAUCCAUGGGGGAGGAGGCGAGGAACAACAACGAGAUAGGAAACACUCUGGUGAUGAGUUGAGGUUGACUCGCAGGGAGCUCGACGAGUUGCUUGACCGAUCAGACGAGUGUUAUCGCAACACGGACGAUUCCCGGUUCAAGAACGUGACAAUCUUUGAAACCAUCAACAACAUGGAUAAGUAG